UUUGAUUAAUGGUGUAAGGCGUUUGUUCGAUUUGAAUUUUGUUUAUUUAAUAAUCUGAAAACUUUUCUGAAAUUUGAACGAAUCUGAAUCUUGGGAACAUGAUAAUGUAAUAAUUGGGAGUUUUAAUUUGCCCGAUAUUCCGUCUUUGUACAUUCAAUUUACAUGUUAUCUAAUCCAUUUAUAAGUGGGUUUUUGGAUUAGCAUAUAGCUAUAGAAUAGUCGAAAAUGGCAGCAGCAGGUUCUAUCCAGAAGAGUGAGGGAGAGUGGAGGGCUAUUCUUUCUCCAGAGCAGUUUCAUAUUCUCAGGGAGAAAGGAACUGAACGGAAAUUCACAGGGGAAUAUGACAAGUUCUUUGGUGAAGGAAUUUACAAUUGUGCUGGUUGUGAGACGCCACUUUAUAAGUCGACUACCAAAUUUGAUUCUGGCUGUGGUUGGCCUGCUUUCUUUGAAGGUCUCCCUGGAGCCAUAAAUCGCUCUCCGGACCCAGAUGGGAGGAGAACUGAGAUUACAUGUGUAGCUUGUGGGGGGCACUUGGGUCAUGUUUUCAAAGGCGAAGGACACAAGACUCCAACAGAUGAACGCCACUGUGUCAAUAGCGUUUCAAUCAAGUUUAUAUCUGCAAGUUGAUCCUGAAUGUGAAAGUUAAGAUAGUUGGUGGUGUUUAUGCUAAAGAUUAAACUAGUUUCGUGUUAGUUACUUUCAAGUAGAAGCCACAUUCUGUGAGAACUAAAGCAGUGAAUGAUCACUAGUUCUAAUUCAAAAUCAAUUAAAAUUCUAAGUGUGA